AUGCUUGUUCCUGGAGACCGUGUGGCCGUGGAUGGAUUUUUGGCCACGGUGCGCUUUGUGGGCGAAAUACCCAACUGGCCCAACGAGACGGCCAUCGGCAUCGAGUGGGACGUUCCCGAACGCGGCAAGAACGACGGCUCGCUCAACGGGACGCGCUAUUUCAGCACGCUGCACGGAGCGAAGUCGGCUAGUUUUGUCAAGCUCUCGAAGCUGCAGCCGAGGCGGUCGUUCAUGGACGCAAUGGUGCACCAGUACGCGAGCGACGAGUCACUUGCCAACGAAUCUGCGUCGCUGGUCGACCAUUUCGAUCUCACCAUCGGCACAAAAAAGGUCGAGAGUUACGGGUUCGAGAAGCUGAGUCGACUACAAGCAGACUUCCGGAACCUCGAGACAGCUACUUUAGAGCGACUGAACGUGGCGUUUUCGUCUCCGAUCGACUCUUCGCUGCACAACUUGCAGGUGCUCGAUCUAGGCUUCAAUUUACUAGAUUGGCCCAAUCUAAUGCAAAUCGUGCUCCAGCUCCCGAAUCUGCACACUCUCAAGGCAAAUGGAAACCGCUGGACGCGAUACGAGAGCUGUGAGCCGUGUUUGUCGAUUAAAUUCAGCAUGUCUUUAUCCAAGGGAGUCAAGGAGCUGCGGUUUAUUCUGUCGCAGACGGGGGAGACGAGUCGUCCAUUGCGCUCGUUUCUUGUCAAACAGUACAAGACGAUCAAAAAUGCCAAUCCAGACAUCCCUAUACUGAUCCGAGAGUGCUCGAACGUGUCGCCUGCGGUGGUUAUGCGUGUUGCGAAUGGCAGAGAGAUUCGCAAGGAGCUGACGAGUCUGAGCGAGCCCGAGAUCUCAGAGGUUCUGAAAGGCGGUUCGUAA